AAGGGAGAACAACUUGACAGCCAUGCCACAGGCAGGUGAGCGCGCCCUAAACCCCGUUUCCAGUGCGGCGGCGACCAGCAGGCAAGGAUAGAACGCGGUGGGUUCUGCGAGGCGGCAGCGCCUCUGAACAUGUGCAGAGCGCUUCCCGCCCCCUCCGCGGGCAGGGGCGGGGUGGGCCCCUCUUCUCCUAAGGGAGGGGGCGGCUCGCCUCCUCCUUUGGCGGCGCGUCGGGUGUCAGCCCUGCUGCAGUCUGCCUGCCUGCGGGGACGCUCUGCAGGCAAGCGGCGGGCGGGGAAGAAGCAGCGGGCGUCUUGGCUCUCUCGGCCUGCCAUGGCCCAGGCCAAGAUCAGCAGCUCCAGGAGCAGCUCCAGCGUCGCCGAAGCCGGCGGCCAGCAGCAAGCGAGUGGGGGGCAGCUGCGGGGCCGCUUCUUCCGCUCCACCUCCAUGGCGGACCGAUCCAGCCGCCUGCUCGAGUGCCUGGACCAGCUGGAGAGGAGGGUUGAAGCUUUGCGCGAUACAGCAUCUUCAAUGGAGCAGGAAAAGGAAUCACUUCUAGAAAUGAUCCAUGGCAUACAAAACAGCCAGGAUAUGAGGAGCAUUAGUGAAGGUGAAAGGGAAGAACUCAGUCUGACUGCUAAACGCUUGAUGGGCAGAACCCUCACGGUGGAGGUUUCAGUAGAAACCAUCCGAAAUCCCCAGCAGCAAGAGUCCCUAUUACAUGCCACACGGAUGAUCGAUGAAAUAGUUGGCAAACUAUUGGAUGAUUUGGAAGACUCCAAGAGCCGCUUAAUGUCGCUUUAUGGUGCUUGUACAUCUGAAGUGCCAGCUGCACCUGUGAACCAAAAAUUCCAGUCUGUUGUAAUUGGAUGCGCGAUAGAAGAUCAGAAGAAAAUCAAAAGACGGCUAGAGACUCUUCUCAGAAACAUAGAAAACUCUGAAAAAUCUAUCAUGCUUUUGGAGCACCAUAAAUCCACCGCAAGGCACCUCUGCAACAAUGGGAAAGAUUAAAAGCUGUGGGAGAGUUACUAUAAGAAUAAAUAGUUUCAUAAAGUAAGCGAAAUCAAAUAAAUCGAAGAAUUGCUGCUUCCCUGGAAUUUGGGGGGAGGGAGGAGAGCAACACCAGAGGACCUUGCAUUGUCUAUAUGUAGCCCUUAAACCAACCCUUGGGCGUUCAGAGCACAGAGGCAUAGCUAGAAGGGAAGCUUGGAAAAAUUCCCUUACUUUACCUUCAGUGAGAAGGCUACCAAUUAAAAAAAUGGGCUCAUAUGAAGCGCUUACUCACUCUGUGGCAGAUACAGGAUUAAGCAGCUAUAGGACUAUAGAAGCACAUGUACACCCAGCAGUUUUCAAUCCAUUGUUUUUCUUCCCACAAAGUUAUCCAGUCUAUUUUACUCUGUGUGGGGAAUAUUAGCGUGCUGGAUACUAAUAGGUAACUAUGGCCAUAUUUGAUAUCAGUAUUAAAAUGUAGCCAUUUGAUGAUGUCCCAAUGAUUUAACUUUUCAUAAGCUGUAUUUGGUUUGCUCCCGUACAGUUAACUGUUUUAGUAUUUUGAUACUUCUGUUAUUUAAAAAAAACACCCUCCGCGGAAUUCCAGAAGCUCCUCAAUCCGUGUUUUGCUCUGUUCUCUAGAAAGCUUCAGUGUCUACCAUCAUGUGCAAAUAUGUCACGUAGCACACUUCCUUUCCCCUCUCUCUCACACACAAACAAAAAAGGCAGGUAAAUGAACAUCGCAUAGGGAGAGGAUUCUGGAAAUUGCUGCAGUAGAUGCGAAGAAAACGAUGUGCACUUUUUUCUUGCUGAGAAUUAAUAAAAGUAGAUUGCACUCUA